AAAGACUCUCCCUCUUUCCUUAUAGGAAGGCACGGACACAGCGGGCAGCCAUGCAAAUCUUCGUGAAGACCCUCACGGGUAAGACUAUCACCCUCGAGGUGGAGUCUUCGGACACCAUCGAGAAUGUGAAGGCCAAGAUUCAGGACAAGGAGGGCAUCCCCCCUGACCAGCAGCGUCUGAUCUUUGCCGGCAAGCAGCUGGAGGACGGCCGCACCCUGGCCGACUACAACAUCCAGAAGGAGUCUACGCUCCACCUGGUGCUCCGUCUGCGUGGUGGCAUCAUUGAGCCCUCGCUGCAGGCCCUGGCUCGCAAGUACAACCAGGAGAAGGUCAUCUGCCGCAAGUGCUACGCCCGCCUGCACCCCCGCGCUAAGAACUGCCGCAAGAAGUCGUGCGGCCACACCAACCAGCUGCGCCCCAAGAAGAAGCUCAAGUAAACCUUGGGCCUAAAGCUUGAGAUGCGGCGGGUCCUGGUGGAGUGUUCUUAACCCUGGAGCCCCUCACGAAAGCGGCAGUAGCAGACUGUAGCAGACUAGCGGUGACGGAAUGCUGUGCUUGCUGCCUGUCUGCGUCUGCUGCUGCGCACGGCGGCACCAGGACUUGCUUUUGAGCAAGGCUGAGCAGCUGCCCUGUGGUGAUGUGGUGGGGUCGCCACGACGCUGAGGAGAGAGAGCGCUUCACUUGGAGCUAGCUGUACGCUUGUAAUCCAAGCCAGAGG